AUGUCAGAUCCACAACAAGAGAAUAUAGAAGAACAAGAUGGACAAGAUCUCUAUCUUAACAAAGAUGAGAUGCUAGAGGAGGAUUUGGAAGACACUGGAGAGCCAAUGGAAGACGACGAUGACGAGGGAGAACUUGAGCCGGAGUUAGACGAAGAACAGCAAGCUAAUAUCGAUAUGAUAAACGCAAAGGACGACUCGAUACAAGGCUUCUUCGGUCACAAAGAACCUGUCUACGCCAUAGCUAUACACCCAAAUAACCCAGAAAUUAUCGUUAGCGCUGGUGGUGACGAUAAAGCACACGUAUGGAACAUCACUGAUGGUGAACACGCAAUAGCCAGCUUAGAAGGACACACAGAUUCUGUCACUUCCGUCGCUUUCUCAAAAGACGGUCAGUUCGUUGCUACAGGUGGUAUGGAUGGUUUCGUUAAGAUCUGGGACACCUCAGACUGGUCACUCAAGGUUGAUCUUCAGCUCGGCGAUGAGUGUACUUGGAUAGAUUGGCACCCAAGGGGUACUGUUUUACUUACAGGUUGCGCUGACACUACUAUCUGGAUGUGGAAGUUACCGAAGGGCGAUAACAUGAAUGUCUUCUCAGGACACACAGAAAUGGUUACAUGCGGUAGAUUCACCCCAGAUGGUAAAGCCAUCGUUUCUUCAUCUUCUGAUGGCUCACUCAUUAUGUGGUCACCAACUGAAGGUACAGCAGUUACUAAAAUCACUGCAAAUGACGCUCGUUUCAACCUCGAUGGUGGUAUAACAGCUAUGGCUGUCAACCCGGCAGGUACGAUUGUCGUCGCAGGUGGUGCUGCCGGUGGUGUCAGAGCUGUUAACCUUUCUAACGGACAAGUUGUCGGUAGUUUCGAAUGUCACAAGGAGGGUGAAUCGAUAGAAGCCGUCGCUUUCCUUCCUGAAGGUGCAGCUGGACAAGGUCCUGCAGGUGUCGUCGUUACUGCUGGUACAGAUGGUGUUUUGAACGUUAUCGACUUGACGACGAUGAGAGUACGUAACACAAUGAACAUCGAGGAACCAAUUACAGUAUUAGAAUUCCAACAUCAAUCACCAUUCUUUGCGGUCGGUUGUGUUGAUCACAAAGUCCGUAUGUUCGAUGCACGUACUGGUAGCCAAGUGAAGGAAUUCGAGGGACACUCAGAGCCUGUACUUAGUGUCGCGGUAUCUAAAGAUGGUAGCAGAAUAAUAACAGGCUCGGACGAUGGUACAGCAUUAGUAUUCGAUGGUAGUAGUACAAAGUAA